AGUGUGUGUCAGGUGACUUGGGUCACGCAGUCUCUCUCUCCCUCCUCGGGGAGGAACUGCCGCGCUCCGGCUGAGUCCUCCGCUGGCAGGAGGGAGGGGCGGCGAGGGGGCCCGGGCACGCUGGGAACCGCGAAACCCAGACCCGGACAGGACGCCGCCCGCCCGGGGGAUUCGCUGCCCCCGCCGGCUCCUGCCAGCUCCUGCCGCACUCGAGACAAAACCCUAAUUCAGAUAGGUUGUUGAGCGGCAAGCGAGGAGGCUUAGCCCCUAACCCGGAACUUGCCGCCCCCGGGACGGCUGGCGGGUGGGCGCAAUGAGCCAGGUGCUGGGGAAGCCGCAGCUGGAAGACGAGGACGACGACGAGGAGGAUGAGCUGGUGGGGCUAGCGGACUACGGGGACGGGCCCGACUCCUCGGAUGCCGACCCGGACAGCGGGGCGGAGGAGGGAGUUCUGGACUUCAGCGAUCCCUUCAGCACCGAGGUGAAGCCGAGGAUCCUGCUCAUGGGCCUGAGGAGAAGUGGCAAGUCUUCCAUUCAGAAGGUGGUCUUUCACAAGAUGUCCCCCAGCGAGACGCUGUUCCUGGAGAGCACCAACAAGAUCUGCCGGGAAGAUGUCUCCAACAGCUCAUUCGUUAACUUCCAGAUUUGGGACUUCCCGGGACAGAUCGACUUUUUCGACCCUACGUUCGACUAUGAGAUGAUCUUCCGGGGAACAGGAGCGCUGAUAUUUGUCAUCGACUCCCAGGACGAUUACAUGGAGGCCCUGGCCCGGCUGCACCUCACCGUGACCAGGGCCUACAAAGUGAACACCGACAUCAACUUCGAGGUGUUCAUUCAUAAAGUGGAUGGUCUGUCCGACGACCACAAAAUUGAAACCCAAAGAGAUAUUCAUCAGAGGGCAAACGAUGACCUUGCAGAUGCUGGAUUAGAAAAAAUUCACCUCAGCUUUUAUCUGACAAGCAUAUAUGAUCAUUCAAUAUUUGAAGCUUUUAGCAAAGUGGUUCAGAAACUAAUUCCACAACUCCCCACCCUGGAGAAUUUGCUAAACAUCUUUAUCUCGAAUUCAGGAAUUGAAAAGGCAUUUCUAUUUGAUGUGGUCAGUAAAAUUUAUAUUGCAACUGAUAGCACCCCAGUAGAUAUGCAGACCUAUGAACUCUGCUGUGAUAUGAUCGAUGUGGUUAUUGACAUCUCUUGUAUUUAUGGUCUCAAAGAAGAUGGAGCAGGAACGCCCUAUGACAAGGAAUCAACAGCCAUCAUAAAGCUGAAUAAUACCACUGUUCUUUAUUUAAAAGAGGUGACGAAGUUCCUGGCUCUUGUUUGCUUUGUCAGAGAGGAAAGCUUUGAAAGAAAAGGGCUUAUUGACUAUAAUUUUCACUGCUUCCGGAAGGCCAUCCAUGAAGUUUUUGAGGUGAGAAUGAAAGUGGUGAAAUCACGAAAGAUUCAGAAUCGGCUGCAGAAGAAAAAAGGAGCCACACCCAAUGGGACGCCUAGGGUGCUGCUGUAGGUGAGGUUUCAGCAGCAUCUUUUGAAAUCAGACCUUCUUUCAGUGAGGCUGCUGCACUGUGUUGCACUAAAGGAAGAGGAAGACGGAGAUUGGGACAAAUAACACAAAUUUGUUGUAAAGACAGAAAAAUUCCUAGCACCCUCUUGAUCUUUUCUUUUUUAAAUAAAGCAAGCACUUUGAAGCAAAAACUUGUACAUAAACAAUGAAGUGAAACCCACUGUAAUUUCGUUACAUAGAUGUAAACUUUUUUGGUCUGUAGUCAGAAAAACCCUGUGUGAGAACUGCCAGAAACUGUAUAUAUUUUGCACUUUUUCAUGUUUUUUUUCCUCAUUGAACUAAACUUUGAUAAAACAACUUUUCUAAGA